CCAAAUUACUUGUUUAUGGCUUGAGAAUUCCUCCAGGAGCAUUGCAGUUUUCCAAUGGCUGGCUUGAUAAAUUUAAGGAUCGAAAUAGAAUCUGUCAACAUCAUCUUGAAGAAGAAGCUGAAUCUGCUGAUAUAACAGCUAUUAACAACACGAUACCAUUACUAAAAAAAAAAUGCUUAGACUACUCUGCUAAAAGAAUUUAUAAUAUAGAUAAAACAGGACUUUUUUAUUAUUAUGAUGUCUCAAAAGUCAUUACAAAAUCUUUCUUAA